AUGGUUUCAGCAUAUUCAGUUGGGAAUGGUAAAAGAUCCAAUGAAGUUCAACAAGGACCUGACACCCCAGGACCUGGACAAUACUCUGGAGACAAGAAACAAAAAUACACUCCUCCCAGUUUCAAGUACCAAACAUCAUCACAGUAGGAUCCCACAAGCACAAAGAUAAACUUUCCAGCCAAGUUUCACCCCAGGACCAGGAGCAUAUGCUUCCUCAGAUGUAUACUCUAUCUCAAACUUAGAACCUACUCAAAGGACCCAAGUUUACUUUUGCUAGCAAAAAACAAUAAUCUGUUACAUCCUUUUAACCAGGACCAGGAGCCUAUAAUGUAAAACCAACCAAACAGGCUCCCUAAUAUAGUUUUGGCGGUAAAUAUGGAAGCCAUCCGGAUGAUUCAUAGCCAGGCCCAGGAGAAUACUAAUUAAGUAAAGAAUUGGAUGCUCCAUCCAUGAAGUAACUCUAUCAAUUUAUUGCUAGGUUUCCACGAUCCAAGAGAGACGAUCCUCAUUUUGAAAAAGUUCCUGGACCAGGAGGUAUCAUAACAAUUUUUAUAUUUUCAAGCCUACAAAUAGGAAAGACCUGAAUCAGCCCCCAAGUAUCGUUUUGGCAAUUCGUAAAGAAGAGGAUUAUAUGACAAUGAGCUUGGAAAAGUACCAGGACGUAUAUUAAUUCAUUAUAUAUUAUAUUAGCUGGAUAAUACAACUAUUAAUCUUAAUUUGAGUCUGUUUAACCAAAGGGCUUUACUUUGGUUUCCAGGAAGGAACAAAUGACACAAUAACUUGUUGUCCCUGGACCUGGAGCUUAUGAUCCAUAACCAGUUAAAAGACCUCCUUCUUGUAAAAUUGGUAAAUCCAUGAGAGGAUUGCAAUUUGCUAAUCCAAAUCCAGGACCCGGAGAAUACGAGCCUCAAAUUGAUACUAUUCGUCCUUAGUCUGCCAUGGUCAGAGUGGGAUCAGCCACUAGAAGACCAUUAAAUGACGUGAAAGGAGUGCCAGGACCUGGAACUUAUGACUUACCUUCUAAGAUGGUUGAAGGUCCAUAAGUUAAAAUACUGGGUCACAAAUAUGAUCCUGUCUAAGCUCAAAAGGAUUAGAUACCAGGACCAGGUUAAUAUGAGCGUCCCAUUAUGUAAAGGCCGUAAUCAGCAAAGUAUUAUUUUCAAAAAUAUAAUUUCAGAAUUGGUACUUCUAGAAGACAGGAACUUAAUUCCACUUUGGAAGUUCCAGGACCUGGACAAUACAAACCUAAAGAUAAAUUAGGAGGACCUUGUUGGGGUUUCGGUACUAGUAAACGACCACCAUUGAAUCCAAAGAAUGAGACUCCAGGACCAGGUGGUUAUGAUUAAGGAAAUGAAUUUGGAUCCUUACCAAAAUAUGCUAUGAAAAAGAUACCAUGA